UUCAUGAAAGAAAAAGCAGCAGUAACAUCGGAAAUAGAGAUGAGAAGAAGAAGAAGCAGCUGUUACUUUUCUCAGAACUCUCUCUAUCUAACUUAACCCCCAAAAUAAAAAGAAAACACAAAUUUAAUUGAAGAUCAGAGUUUUUUUCUUCACUCUCAAGCUAUAUCUCCAAGACCCAUUUCUUCUUUUUCCAAGUAGAUCUGUAAAAACCUCUCCUUUUUUAUUGGUUUCUUACAACGGAGAUGGAUUCUUAAACUGGUUGAUUCUAAUGGGUGCUGUUUCUAAAUCUCAGUUGGAUAUUUACCAAAUGAAAGCAUGUGCUGUGGAUCGGAGCGGUUAAAGCAAACACCGUCUCCAACAACAUCUAAUAUUUCUUUUGAAGAUAGCAGACAUCCUAGCGUAGAUAUGAAUCACUUGACUGUAGAGACUGAAGAUGCUUUUGCAAGCUUGCUCGAGCUUGCUGCUAAUAAUGAUGUUGAGGGCUUUAAACUAUCCAUUGAACGCGAUCCUUCUGGUGUUGAUGAGGUUGGGCUGUGGUAUGGUCGUCAGAAGGGUUCGAAGCAGAUGGUUAAUGAGGAGAGAACCCCUUUGAUGGUUGCGGCUACCUAUGGUAGCAUCGAUGUUAUUAAACUGAUCCUAUCUUCAUCAGAUGCUGAUGUUAAUCGUGUGUGUGGCCAUGACAAAAGCACUGCGCUUCAUUGUGCUGCCUCAGGUGGGGCUGUGAAUGCUAUUGAUGUUGUGAAACUGCUUUUAGCCGCCGGUGCUGAUGCAAACAUGGUUGAUGCAAAUGGUCAUCUUCCUGUUGACGUUGUUGUUGUUCCUCCGAAGCUUCAAGCUUUAAAAUUAACUCUCGAAGAACUCCUUGCUACUGAGAGUUCUGUUCUUGAGCGCAAUCUAAGGGUUUCAACGGCUGUUGCCAAUUCCAGCUCCCCUCCUCUAUCCCCUUCUCAGGAAAAUGGGUCACCAUCAUCUGGUUCAGAUUCCCCAAUGAAGUCAAAGUCAACUGAUGCUCCUAUUUCUUCCGCGUCAGAGAAGAAAGAAUACCCAGUUGAUCCAUCUCUUCCGGAUAUCAAGAACAGCAUCUAUUCAACUGAUGAGUUCCGGAUGUAUUCAUUCAAAGUGCGGCCUUGUUCACGUGCUUACUCCCAUGAUUGGACAGAGUGUCCAUUUGUUCACCCAGGGGAAAAUGCUAGAAGAAGGGAUCCUAGAAAGUUUCAUUACAGUUGUGUUCCUUGUCCUGAUUUCCGCAAGGGGGCAUGUAGGCGUGGAGAUAUGUGUGAAUAUGCUCAUGGUGUUUUUGAAUGCUGGCUACACCCUGCUCAAUAUCGAACCAGGCUGUGUAAGGAUGGUACUAAUUGUGCAAGGAGAGUAUGCUUCUUUGCUCAUACUGCUGAGGAGCUCCGACCUCUGUAUGUCUCUACCGGUUCUGCUGUCCCAUCUCCUCGUUCCAGUACUUCUGGUGCAACAGCCAUGGAUUUUGCUGCAGCCUUGAGUCUCUUGCCUGGAUCACCCUCAUCUGUAUCUGUUAUGUCUCCGUCACCUUUUACACCUCCCAUGUCUCCGUCUGCAAAUGGCAUGUCUCAUUCUAAUGUUGGCUGGCCACAACCUAAUGUUCCAGCCUUGCAUCUUCCAGGAAGCAAUCUUCAAUCUAGUCGCCUGAGAUCUUCUCUUAAUGCAAGAGACAUUCCAAAUGAAGACUUCAACUUGCUGCCAGAUUUUGAUGUGCAGCAACAACAGCUGAUAAAUGAGUUAUCUAGCCUCACUCAGCCAUCUAUGAGUUCUAAUUCUUUGAACCGAUCUGGUCGAUUGAAGACCCUGACCCCAUCAAAUCUUGAUGAUCUCUUUUCUGCCGAGAGCUCAUCUCCGCGGUACUCUGAUCAAGCAUUGGCUUCAGCAGUGUUCUCUCCCACCCAUAAGUCUGCUGUUCUCAAUCAAUUUCAGCAGCAGCAAAGCAUGUUAUCACCUAUCAAUACAAAUUUUUCUCCUAAAAAUAUCGAGCAUCCUCUAUUGCAGGCCUCUCUUUCUGGUAGGAUGUCUCCUCGAAAUGUAGAACCGAUCUCACCAAUGGGUUCUCGGGUUUCAAUGUUAGCUCAACGUGAGAAGCAGCAACAGUUUCGCAGCCUCAGCUCUCGGGAGCUGGGAUCUGGUUCUACUGCCAUUGUAGGUUCCCCGGUAAAUUCUUGGUCAAAAUGGGGAUCCUCCAAUGGGAAGCCAGACUGGGCUGUAAAUGCAGAUGAAUUAGGCAAGCUUCGCAGGUCAUCUUCAUUUGAGCUUGGCAAUGGAGAAGAGCCUGAUUUAUCAUGGGUUCAAUCUCUUGUUAAAGAAUCUCCCACUGAGAUCAAAGACAAAAUGGCAGCUCCUGUCUCAGGUGUUGCACCUAAUGUUUCUUCAAGUGAGGGUUCUAAUUUGAACACUCAAAUUGAUCCUGUCGAUCAUGCUGUGUUGGGAGCAUGGCUAGAGCAAAUGCAGCUUGAUCAGCUUGUGGCUCAGCAAAACUGAAAUCAGUUUCGCUGAGCCCUGAGGUAGAGACAACAAAAAGGUUUUGGUAAAUAACAUUUGUAUUUUUUGGGAUUUUGUUGGUGAUGAAUGUGGAAGGAAGAUAAACAGUAACACAAAGGUGAAGGAAGGAGAGAAGGUCAGUUGACGAGGGAAAUUCAUUUUUCACCAUUUAUUAUUACAACAAAAACAGUUAGAAAAGGUUGAGAUAACCUCUGGGUUAUGUUUAAAGAAAUUAUGCCCAGGCUAGGUGUUUUUUCUUCCAAUAUUUCAAAAAUUAGAUUUCUAUUGCUGUCAUUUUAUUUUUUGCCUUUUUUUCUAUAUGAUGAGAGACUUUGUUCGAUGACAAUGGACAACCAAGAUCCUAUGUUUCCUUUUAUCCUUUGCCUGUUAUGUUCAUUAUCACCUUCGUGAGAAACCAAAUGAAGAUGGAUCAUGAAGUUCUCAUCUCAGACAGUUGGAUGGUUUUUCUGGGUUUGGUCAAAAUUUUUGGAGAUAAGGUAGUGGAAAAUUUGUUUCUUCUAAUGUAGUUUGGAAUCAAUAAUUAUUGGUGCCUGUAAUGUGGAAGAAUAGGGUGGAGAAAUUUAUGAUCCUUUGAUGAUGAUGAUGAUGAUAAUGAUGUAACAUUCGACUAUAGUUUAUUGCUUAUUCCUAUUCCAAUAACUUCAUUGUCACAUACUACUACUACUACUACUGGUAUAAAUUCUCCUUAAUGUCUU